UGUUCACUGGCGCCGUGACGAUAAGCAGCAUCGGACGAGGAUGCUCUGUUGUCUGGUGCGCACUCUCCUGUCUCCAGCUCUCCACAUCACCAUGGCAGAGCUUCACUGAUGCACAGGGUUUGUGUCCAUUUGCUCUCCGAGCUGAUGAAUUUUAAGCGUCUGUUUGAGAUCGGACCCUCGACCCUCAGAAGAACCGGACCUGCGUUACCGAGCGGAGAGGACCGCGGCUGAAUAGAAAGUCUUCAGAAAAGAGGCAAAUUAUGCCAGCAGCACCAGAGUCGCUCCCCCUGGUGACGUGCCAGCUCAUUGGUCAGACUACUGGGCCCUGUUCUAGUCUCCCUGUCUACCCUGGCAGAUCCAUGCUGCUGGAUGCUCCUCAUAGAGCCUCGCCCGCACCAUGAGCGCCAACGGGCCUGCCCCAGACCCAGCCCCCACGGCCCCAGAAGCCCCUCCCACCUCAACCCCUGCCCCUGCUCCGACCCCAGCUCCUGCAGCACCUCCUGCUCCUCCUGCCGUCCCUGCCCCAGCGCCCACUACCAUCCCGGUAGGUGCGUUGGCACAGAAGAAGCGGCAGCAGUAUGCCAAAAGCAAGAAACAGGGCAGUAAUGCAAACAGCAGGCCACCGAGGGCUCUGUUCUGCCUCAACCUCAACAACCCUAUACGCAGGGCCUGCAUCAGCCUGGUGGAGUGGAAGCCAUUUGAUAUCUUUAUAUUAAUUGCUAUUUUUGCCAACUGUAUGGCCUUAGCUGUCUAUGUCCCCUUUCCUGAAGAUGAUUCCAACUCCACAAACCAUGACCUGGAAACAGUCGAGUAUGCCUUCCUUAUCAUUUUCACAAUUGAGACCUUCCUGAAGAUUAUUGCUUAUGGUUUGGUGAUGCACCAGAAUGCAUACGUGAGAAACGGAUGGAAUAUGCUGGAUUUCGUCAUUGUCGUCAUUGGACUCUUCAGUGUUGUCUUGGAGAUUUUGACCAAAGAUGAAAAGGACGAAGGUGAGGGACUUAGUACCCACCCAUCGAUGCAUGGCCACGGGGGGAAGCCAGGUGGAUUUGAUGUUAAAGCCCUUCGAGCCUUCCGUGUGCUGCGACCCCUGCGGCUCGUCUCAGGAGUACCCAGUUUACAGGUGGUGUUGAACUCCAUCAUUAAAGCCAUGGUCCCUCUCCUUCACAUUGCCCUGCUGGUCUUGUUUGUCAUUAUCAUCUAUGCUAUUAUUGGCCUGGAGCUUUUCAUCGGUAAAAUGCACGCAACCUGCUAUCUUCCUGGCACAGAUGUGAUAGCCGAGGAGGAACCAGCUCCUUGUGCGAUCUCAGGGCAUGGGCGCCAAUGCCCCAUCAAUGGCACCGAGUGCAGGGAGGGCUGGCACGGUCCCAACGGUGGCAUCACCAACUUUGACAACUUCCUUUUUGCCAUGCUGACGGUGUUCCAGUGUAUCACCAUGGAGGGCUGGACAGACGUGCUGUACUGGAUGAACGAUGCUAUGGGCUUUGAGCUUCCAUGGGUGUACUUUGUCAGUCUUGUGAUCUUCGGCUCCUUUUUCGUUCUUAACCUGGUUUUGGGUGUGUUGAGCGGAGAGUUUUCCAAGGAGAGAGAGAAGGCCAAAGCUCGUGGAGACUUCCAGAAGCUGCGUGAGAAGCAGCAGCUGGAGGAGGAUCUGAAGGGUUACCUCGACUGGAUCACGCAGGCUGAAGACAUCGACCCUGACAACGAGGAUGAGGCUGAGGAGAGCAAGCGCAACCGGGUGACUCUGGCUGACCUUACUGAGAAGAAGAAAGGAAGGUUUGGGUGGUUCAGCCAGUCGUCCGACACUCAUGCGAGUGUUCCAGCCAGUGAAACAGAAUCUGUAAAUACAGAGAAUCAAAACGGGGAGGAUGAAAAGACACCAUGCUGCGGACCACUGUGUCAAAAAAUUUCAAAGUCAAAGUUCAGUCGGCGCUGGCGCCGCUGGAACAGGUUUUGCCGCAGAAAGUGCCGGUUGGCUGUCAAAUCGGUGCCUUUCUAUUGGCUGGUCAUCAUCCUGGUGUUCCUCAACACCCUCACCAUAUCAUCAGAGCAUUACAACCAGCCUUUGUGGCUGACACAAGUGCAGGACGUGGCCAAUAAGGUGCUGCUGGCCUUAUUCACGUGUGAAAUGUUGGUGAAGAUGUACAGUCUUGGGCUUCAGGCCUAUUUUGUUUCACUGUUCAACCGCUUUGACUGCUUUGUGGUGUGCGGAGGAAUCACAGAGACUAUUCUGGUCGAGCUGGAAAUCAUGUCUCCUCUUGGUAUUUCUGUGUUUCGGUGUGUCCGACUGCUGAGGAUCUUCAAGGUCACACGACACUGGCAGUCUCUGAGUAACUUGGUGGCAUCACUGCUUAACUCCAUGAAGUCCAUUGCUUCCCUGCUGCUGCUGCUCUUCCUCUUCAUCAUUAUCUUCUCCCUGCUGGGGAUGCAAGUGUUUGGUGGAAAGUUUAAUUUUGACGAAACCCAGACCAAGAGGAGUACCUUUGACAACUUUCCCCAAGCCCUUCUCACUGUGUUUCAGAUCCUGACUGGAGAAGACUGGAAUGCUGUUAUGUAUGAUGGGAUCAUGGCGUAUGGAGGCCCUUCCUCCACUGGAAUGGUCGUAUGCUUUUACUUCAUCAUCCUAUUCAUCUGUGGAAACUAUAUCCUCCUGAAUGUCUUCUUGGCUAUCGCUGUGGAUAACUUGGCAGAUGCAGAGUCUCUCAACACAGACGAAGGGGACAAGAAAGGGGACAAAAAGGAUGAUGAUAAAGAUGAAAAGGAGGAGGAGGAGGACAACGACGACACAGCAGCGGAGGAGGAGGACCCCGAAGUUCCAUCAGGACCUCGGCCGGCCAUCUCCGAGCUGGUAAAGAAGGAGAAGAUCACUCCUAUUCCAGAGGGAAGUGCCUUCUUCAUCUUCAGCACCACAAAUCCGGUCCGUGUGUUUUGCCACAGACUCAUAAACCAUCAUAUAUUCACCAACCUCAUCCUGGUCUUCAUCAUGCUCAGCUCUGUCUCACUCGCUGCUGAGGAUCCAAUCCGAAACUUCUCAGCUCGUAAUAUUAUACUUGGUUACUUUGACUAUGCUUUCACGGCUAUCUUUACUGUUGAGAUCGUUUUGAAGGUCCUAGGCUAUGCAGAUUAUGUCUUCACUAGUAUGUUUACAUUUGAGAUCAUAUUGAAGAUGACGACAUACGGAGCGUUUCUGCAUAAAGGAGCUUUCUGUAGGAAUUACUUCAACCUUCUCGACCUGUUGGUGGUGGGAGUUUCCCUUGUGUCCUUUGGCAUUCAGUCUUCGGCCAUCUCUGUGGUGAAGAUCCUUAGGGUGCUUCGAGUGCUUCGACCCUUGAGGGCUAUCAACCGAGCCAAGGGUCUGAAGCAUGUGGUGCAGUGUGUGUUUGUGGCCAUCAGAACCAUCGGUAACAUCAUGAUCGUCACCACUCUGCUUCAGUUCAUGUUUGCCUGUAUAGGAGUGCAGCUAUUUAAGGGAAAGUUUUAUCGCUGCACGGAUGAAGCCAAGUCCAGCCCAGAGGAGUGCAAAGGUACCUACAUCUUGUAUAAGGAUGGAGAUGUGAACCAGCCGACUAUCCACAAACGAGUGUGGCACAACAGUGACUUCAACUUCGACAAUGUCCUCAUGGCCAUGAUGGCACUGUUCACUGUGUCCACCUUUGAAGGCUGGCCUGCGUUACUGUACAAGGCCAUUGACUCCAACAGGGAGAACCUCGGCCCCAUUUACAACUACCGUGUGGAGAUUUCCAUCUUCUUUAUCAUCUACAUCAUCAUCAUUGCUUUCUUUAUGAUGAACAUCUUUGUAGGUUUUGUGAUCGUCACGUUUCAGGAACAAGGAGAGAAGGAGUAUAAAAACUGUGAACUUGAUAAGAACCAGCGUCAGUGUGUGGAGUAUGCUCUUAAAGCUCGUCCACUGAGGAGGUACAUCCCUAAGAACCCGUACCAGUACAAGUUCUGGUAUGUGGUGAACUCAACUGGAUUUGAGUACAUCAUGUUUGUGCUCAUCAUGUUGAACACACUCUGCUUGGCUGUACAGCACUACGGCCAGUCAGCGCUUUUUAAUUAUGUCAUGGAUAUCCUCAAUAUGGUUUUCACUGCUGUCUUCACUGUGGAAAUGGUUCUCAAACUCAUCGCUUUCAAACCCAGGCACUAUUUCGCUGAUGCUUGGAAUACAUUUGAUGCCUUAAUUGUUGUUGGUAGCGUCGUCGAUAUUGCUAUCACUGAAGUUAAUAAACUUGUAGAGCCAACGGAGACUCCUCAAUUGGAUGAGAUGGGGAACACAGAGGACAGCGCUCGCAUAUCCAUCACCUUCUUUCGUCUGUUUAGAGUCAUGCGUCUGGUUAAACUCCUCAGCAGAGGGGAGGGCAUUCGCACCCUGCUUUGGACUUUUAUCAAAUCCUUCCAGGCUUUGCCGUAUGUCGCUCUCCUCAUAGCCAUGCUGUUUUUCAUCUACGCUGUGAUCGGCAUGCAGGUUUUUGGAAAGAUUGCAAUGGUGGAUGGCACACACAUCAACAGAAACAACAACUUCCAGACCUUCCCUCAGGCUGUGCUCCUACUCUUCAGAUGUGCCACUGGUGAGGCGUGGCAAGAGAUCAUGUUGGCUUGUAUGCCAGGAAAACUAUGUGACCCAGAGUCUGACUACAACCCUGGAGAGGAGAUGACAUGUGGGAGUGGAUUUGCAAUAGUGUACUUCAUCACCUUCUACAUGCUGUGCGCCUUCUUGAUUAUCAAUCUGUUUGUGGCUGUCAUCAUGGACAACUUUGACUACCUAACACGUGAUUGGUCCAUUCUUGGACCACAUCAUCUUGAUGAAUUCAAGAGAAUUUGGUCAGAAUAUGACCCCGAAGCAAAGGGUAGAAUUAAGCAUCUGGAUGUCGUAACUCUUCUUCGUCGUAUCCAGCCUCCUCUUGGCUUUGGAAAGCUGUGCCCUCACAGAGUUGCUUGCAAGAGGCUGGUGGCCAUGAACAUGCCACUGAACAGUGAUGGUACUGUCAUGUUUAACGCCACUCUGUUUGCUCUUGUGCGUACGGCCCUGAAGAUCAAAACAGAAGGUAAUCUAGAGCAGGCCAACGAAGAGCUGCGGGCUGUCAUCAAGAAAAUCUGGAAGAGAACCAGCAUGAAGCUGCUGGAUCAAGUGGUUCCCCCUGCUGGUGAUGAUGAGGUAACCGUGGGGAAGUUCUAUGCCACCUUCCUGAUACAGGACUACUUUAGGAAAUUCAAGAAACGUAAAGAGGAAGGCCUAGUGGGUGCACAUCCCUCCCAGAACAACACAGCCAUUGCUUUACAGGCUGGCCUUCGCACGCUGCAUGAUAUUGGGCCUGAAAUUCGCCGAGCGAUAUCAUGUGAUCUGCAAGAUGAUGAACUAGUAGACUUUAUUCCAGAGGAAGACGAAGAAAUUUAUAGGCGUAAUGGUGGACUCUUCGGUAACCAUCUGAUGAACGGUGGUCAUCGACGGUCUAACGGCCAUCAGACCAACGCCACGCAGCGGCCUCUGCAAGUGCAACCCCCACCUCAUUAUGCUCAUAUGGAGCAACCAGUGGGACGACUGUCUCGAGCCAAUGCAAUGUCCCACCCCAACCACCAUCAUCAUCACCACCACCAUCACCACCGUCACCACAACUCCUACGGCAAGUCUCCCAAGUCCACCAAUAUCAACCUCAACAACGCCAACGUGUCCAGUCUACCCAACGGAGGACACCACCGCUACUAUGAACAUGCACCUCCUAAUGGCUACCCAGGUCUGCGCAGUUCCUACUACGACUAUGACAAGCCCCGAACCCCACAGGGUCAAAGGCGCUACUAUGAGACCUAUGUUAGGUCCCACGGAGGAGACAGACGGCACCCAACCAUCCGCAGGGAGGAGGAGUUUGAUGAAGACCGCCUCUCUGGGGAGUACUACAGUGGAGAGGAGUUUUACGAAGAUGACAGCAUGCUGUCAGGGGACAGGUAUCAGAACAGCGACACAGAAUAUGAGACCCCAAAAGGUUACCAUCACCCUGACAAUUACUAUGACGAUGAUGAGCAGCCUCUUUACCGGGACUCACGGAGGUCACCAAAGAGACGGCGGCUUCCUGCCACACCUCAAGGUCACAGGAGACCAUCCUUCAACUUUGAGUGUCUGCGCAGGCAAAGUAGCCAGGACGAGCUUCCACAUCAGCGAACUGCUUUACCCCUGCACCUUAUGCAGCACCAGGUUAUGGCUGUAGCAGGUCUGGACUCCAGCAGAGCCCACCGCCUCUCCCCAACCCGCUCCACCCGAUCCUGGGCCACUCCCCCUGCCACCCCGGCCAGUAAAGACCAGUCACCAUACUACACCCCCCUCAUCCACGUGGACCACCCGCACAGGGAGAGCGCCGCCAGCAGCCAAGUGUCCGUGCGGAAGAGCUCGUGGUACACGGACGACCCUGAUUUCUCCCAGAGGAUCUACUCUCCCAUCCAUCUGCAGGUGCCCCCUGAGUACCACAACCAGUACCACCAGAAGAGAGGCAGCGCCACCAGCCUCGUGGAAGCGGUUUUGAUAUCAGAAGGGCUUGGGAGAUACGCCAAGGAUCCCAAGUUUGUUGCUGCCACAAAACAUGAGAUAGCAGAUGCAUGUGAGAUGACAAUAGAUGAGAUGGAGAGUGCAGCCAGUCACCUGCUGAAUGGAGGGAUGGCGCCGGGCAUCAACGGGGUCAAUGUGUUCCCCCUUCUGACCCCAAGGGACUAUGAACUGCAGGACACUGCAGCCAGUUACAGUGACGAGGAGCCUGAAGCAGAACCCAGAGCUCCUUAUGAGGAGGACCUUGCAGAUGAGAUGAUCUGCAUCACGACUUUAUAGCAGAGGCUGGAAAAAUCGGCAAAUUAGAGCCUUGUCAGACUACAAUCAGUUAAAUUUUAAAAAAGAAAUGCAUCUGUUGGCUCUGACCAAAAGAAGUGCCUUUUACAACUGAAGAGAAAAGGCAUAAGAUGAGAGACAUUUUAGUCCCGUUCACGUAAUUGUUCUCCACCUGCCAGCAAAAGGAGGUGACAGCACAGAGCCAGCCCCCUUCCCAGCUGAGCACAGAGGGACACACUACCCUCCUGUCAAAGGCCUUGACCUGGAGGGGAUAAACAAGCCAAUCAGAGAAGGACGUUGAUGCCACUGAAACAGAUGGACCAAUUGGCAGCGGUGGGAGAUGCAGUACAGGGCGGGUCUCUAAGGGUGAUGACAAUCAGAUGUACGAUGUCAUUACCUCAGUCACUUUAUUAAGGUUUGGCAUAUCAUGCAAGUUUUCAAUGCAAGCAUAGAAAGGCAUAUCUCCUCCCUUAGUUGUUAGUAUAACUUGAUCCCCUUGUCAUUAGAACAGAUCGUAUAAUGAUUGCUACAGCCGAGUCAAAAAGUGAAGAGCACCAGUAGUGUUGUACCAGAUUAUGCAGGACUUCCCUGUCCUACUUAUAGCAUUAUUCAACUUGAGAUAUGUACUUUUGAAGCGACAAAAGCAUUUGUUAUAAAUGCACUAGCAGGCAGGUUAUUUUAAAUUUUAGAAUAGCCUGAUUAAUAUUUCAUAGUUGAUAUGCUGUAAAUUGUAUUAUAUAACAAAAGAAACUUUGUAAAGAGAUAUUCUAUAUUUUGUAAUUAUGUAUCAUUUAAAAGAUCAGCAAUAUGGACCCUUGUGACUCCUGUUAUGCUAUAAAAGCAGACUUGCAUUAUUUUAGAACGUACAAUAUUCUGAUAUUUAUUUGCCUUUUAUUUUUUGCUAAUAUGCACCCUUUGUUUUGCCUAUUAAAACAGCAUUUUUAAGAGGUUCUGCUUGUGUGACGACUCUACUGCACAAGAUAUGCAAAUGGCUUUGAUUUCUUAGCAUAGAAGUACAAGUGUUACUUCAUCAAACCAGUUGCAUAAAAUUAAGCCCCCUUUAAAGGAGCAUUUUUAGAAGGCAAGCCUCAAGGAUACAGUGCUGAAAUUUUAUACAGAUGUGACAAACACAUUUGUUUGCAUAUUUUGUGCAGGGCAUGCACAAGAUUUUGAAAUGCAUAGUGCAUUCAUAAUGCUGCUUUUUAAGUUGGUUUCUGAGUCAGACCUAAUUUUCGUCAGCCCCUACUGAAAUGCCUUUUUGCUGCUGAAGGAACGAAAAUGAUAGAUGGUUAUAACAGGGAAAAUUACAAUUACUCAUAGCUUGUGCUGGGAUUUUCCAUGACACACUCCUUGUUGAUCAUGGUGUGAUUCCAUCAAACCUCUGUACUGAUUCUUCACAAUCACAUCUUAGCCUUUAUACAGUGUGUGAGGACUCUGAGCUUGUGGCGGCAGGAGAAACAUGCACACAUCCAAAAGCCAGAAACAGUCUAAGGUGUGUUUUAGGUGGAAUGACAGAGGGUGUCCUGGUGUCAGGAUGCUGGAGAGAGGCUAAGCAAUACAACCCCCCCCCCCCACCACCACCACCACCACCAACCCCUAACCCCCCCCGCCCCUUUCUCUCUCAGCCUGCCUGGUUCCUGCAUACAGUAUACCUCGUUAGGCAACGGUGACUACAUAUCAUUGUCUCAACGUAUCUGUUUGUCACAGCGUCCCACACCAGAGUUUAUGAACAGGAUGAGGUCUGGUUGUGUUUUUUCUCUAAUUGUUUAAAUGAAUGAUGGGAAAACGAACAGUGGAUGCAUUAAAAGGAGCAACAGAGGCCCACAAGUUGGAAUGGAAGACAACAAAAUAUCCUUUAUUUUUAUCAUUUAUUGAUCACAAAGAGGAUACUGGACGAAAUAAAUGGAAGUGGGUCUUUUCAGGCAUUACCAUGGCGACUUUGAAAUAGGUAUGUGAUCUGUUGUUCAUGAGUGUUUGAUUUGUAAGCGAGUGCGUCCUGUACUCUAAUUCAACCGGAUACUGUCAUGAAAAUGUAGGUUUUCCAUUUUGUGUGCACAUUGAAAGGGCUCUUUGAAUUGUUUGUGAGUAAAAAAAAUGUGUUCUAGUCCUUUUGUUGAUGACUGUCUAUAAAAGGACCAAUGCACAUAACAGGCACAUUGUACUAUUCGUAGCAAUUACAGUACUAAUGAACUGAAGAUAUGCAUUAUUUUGUAAACACUUUUAAAAGUUGUGUUAAACUAAAGAUGAAAAGAACUUACUUUUACCUCAUGUCAGGGAUUCCUGAAAAAAAGAAAAUAACGAUUUGGUUCGGUCUAUACCAAUGGUAUCUAAAUAUUAGCACAUAGCUGUUUGUCUUUGCACAAGUAACUGUAUAGUGCUUUUGUUUCUCCUUUUUCUAAACAGAUUUGUGUAUCAAGGUGAGACAAUUUUGUACUUUUUGUGACUGUGUGUAUGGUUUAGUGGAAUCUAUAUUUGUCAUUUACACCUCACCUUACAAUGCUGGGAAUGAAAGAGUAUUAAAAAAAUUUUUAAAGGUGCACUGUUCCUCUGUUCACGGGUAGG